GCCGGAUACUAUUCCACUCUCAACUCUACCCUUUCCCCUUUCAAUCUACACAUAGUCUAUCACAAUGGGUGGUGGCGGAGAAAAGAAGCCUGGACAGUACAUGGGAUGGUGGGGCAGCCUUGGCUCCCCGCCGCAGCGUGGUAUCAUCACCUACGCCAUGGCCCAGAACCGUCAGCGUGCCCUCGCCGGUGCCGCUCACGCCGCUGUCUUCAACACCUACCGCAGAACCAAGGGUCAAAUCCUCUACUGGGCCGUCCCCAUGCUUAUCGGAUACGAACUCAUGAACUGGGCCACCGAGAACAACGAGUACCUCAACUCCAAGCAGGGUCGCCUGGAGCACGCCGACGACGAGGAGUAAACGUAUAGACUACAUCCGAGGGGGCUCUUUCUUCUUUUUUCUGCG